AUGCAGCUCAAAGACAUCGAGGACGAGUUCCGUAGUUUGCUCUGGAAUGCCAUUCCAGAUGUGCUGAUGCCCGAUUUCGCGCCUUUGGACGAGCGUCUCUUGGAAUAUGGGAAUCGGGUUGGGGAUUUCCAGCUCGUACGCCCGUAUUCGGAUCACCAGCACGUGUCGUUGGCGGUGAACGGGCAGCAUGAAUACGUCGUGAUCAAAGAGUACGACAAGCGCAGCGUCACCGAUGCCAAGGAGGUGGAGAGCAUAUACCAGGAAUUCUGUUUCUUGACGCACACCCUCGACCACCCACACAUCAUCCGUUGCGUAGGCAUGUUGCACAGCCAGUGUAGUGUGCAGUUGGUUCUCCAGUAUGGUGGAGACGUGUGCAUGGAGCAGGUGUUGUUGACUCAACCUGGGUACCGCUUGUCCAAGGACGAAGCCUUGGAUUGCAGUACCCAGAUCGCCAGUGCUCUGUCCUACUGCCACGCCCAGGAUGUCGUCCAUGGGCAAGUGUCUUUGAAACACGUGGCUGUAGAGACAUCACAGAAUCGGCACAUCUGCCGCCUUGUGGAUUUCAGCAUGGCAGCUCACGUGCCAAACUCCAGCGCAAGGGAGACCUGGUGCGGAUCUCUGCCGUGCGUGGCUCCAGAGGUGGCGCUGAACGAGCCGUACUUGCCUAAGCCAGCGGAUUGUUGGAGUCUUGGGGUGUUGCUCCUGGAGACCGCUUGCGGGCAAGGUUCGCUCAAGUUGUCGGUCCAGUGGCGCCGUGGCGAGCCCCUCGCUUACGCCGCGCGGCAAGUACUCGAGUUUUUCUCCCAUGCAGGUUGCCACAUCGAGGUGAUGACGAAGAUGGGUAAUCCACUCGACGGCGUAACACUGGCGUGCUUAGAGGCGGUGUUGAAGCCCGAGCCAGCUCGCAGAACGAGUGCCUCCGACAUGGUAGGGAUGUUGUCUACCAGGCGCACCGAGCAGGCCAUUUCUGAUUGA